AUGGCCAACCCAGGUCCUAUGACUGUCCAGACUUUCAGAGAGAUCUAUUCUGGCAUGGACGCGCCCCGCCUGUACAUCUGGCCCAUGCCUGCUGAUUAUGAGAAGACUUUACAAGCUAAGAAGCUCGCAAGAGAGCGCGCCGCUCAGAAGCAGCAACGCCGCCGCGACCAAUUUGAGGUCCUGCUCAAGGAGUGCAAGGAACGCAAGACCAUCUGCUGCUGUGCCCUCCUCGUCGACUUGAGCUCUAAUCAAACCUGGAUGCGCAACAACAGCGACAGUCGUUCUUACCUCAGGGAGCUCUUGCGUGAUCAAGAUGAGUCGCAGAACCCCUACGUUUACCUCAGCAAGGAAGACGCCCAGGACGAACUGGUCGCAAGAGGUGUUCCCUUCCCGGAUCUCGACUCUCGCUACGCAUACCGCUGUGCAUUGCAAGCCACAGACGGUCAGCGCCAGAUUGAUUUCUUGCGUUUGCCCAAGGAUGUCCGCCUGAUGAUGUACGAAAUCGUCAUCAGCGAGGACCCCAUCAAGCUCGCUCGUCCUGCUCUACUCGCAGCCAACAAGCAAAUCAGAGACGAAGCCAGCCCAAUCUUCUUCCGCUCUACUCACUUCCGUCUGGACCUGGAUGACAACUACUACCUUCCCGAUGUCCCUAAAUUCACCUCCGAGACCCGCAAGUGGCUCAACGCCAUCGGACCAGACGGCAUCAAGGAGCUGCGCCACAUCUCAAUCGCCAGCAGAAGCGAAGAAUUCAACAUCGACUUGUCUUGCAGCGAUGCUGGUCAGUGGAGCACCACACUCCGCUCUCAACGCCACGCACCUCAUCCUCUUCACUCUCGCCAAUCUUGUCCCCGCAGAAAGGUCAAGACACUGGCAGCUUGGCUCGCUGACGCCAGGGAGGCUGUCAAGGAAGACGUGGAGGGUAUGACUCGCAGAGGCCAAGACCCAGCUCGCUUGAAGGCUUACCUCAAGCACAAGGAGUCUGCUCAGGAGUGGGUUCAGGUUGGCAUGGACAUCUUCUCUCUUCGUUGCGGCGAGGGCAAGAGCGUUAAGCCCACCCUUCAGGGACUCGAGAUCCUUGUUGAUGCCAUCAUCGUCAAGGACUACAAGGCUAGAAGCUUCGUCAAGGCCGUGUACAGUGGAAGAGUCUAA